CCUCGAGAGAGGAGAAGAGGAGAGAGAGAGAGAGAGUGAAGAAGAAACCAAGAGAGAGAAAGAGAGCUCAAGCUCAAUCCUUUGCACUUUAUUCUCUUCAAAUUGGAUACUUUGUUGUACAGCUGAGACCGAGGUCUCGAAGGAGAGUGCCCCCCCCAUUCCUUCAACUCAACCCCGCUCUCUUUCAUUCUCUUCUCCAACUCCCCACAUUGGCCUCUUCGCCUUCAAGCUCCAAUUUCUAUCGCUUGGGUCUGGCUCGAAACUCCCCAGUUUGAAUGCCCAUCUCAUUUUCUUCAAUACCCAUCUGUUCAUUCGCAAAAUCUCGCUGGCCGAGUGGCUAAAGAUCCAAUUUUUCCUCGGAUACACAAAACCCAGAUAGAAAUAAGAAUCGUUUUGAGUGGAAAGGGAGUUCUUUUCUCUAUUUGGUUAUGUUAUUUGUUUCACAUUCUAUUCUGCGUGGAACCUAGAUCUCUGAGGAGGUCUACAAGCUGAAGGGGAACCAUGAAAGAUGUUAAUUCGAAGAAAAGCAAGAUUUCAUGGUCUAAGAGCUUGGUUAGAAAAUGGUUCAAUAUCAAGAGCAAAGCUCAGGAUUUUCAUGCAGAUGAUGUCAAUGGGAGAGGGGGUGAUGGAGAACCAAGGACCAGUUUCUCGGAGAGGGAGUCAUGCACAGUGAAGAAAAGCAGAACAGAGAGAUGUUGUAAGAAGAAUUCUGAAAAAGCCCGGCGAGGUCUAUUCGAUUAUGAUUCAGCUCAGGUUACAGAUACUCAGGACUACAGCAUAUUUGUGGGAACAUGGAAUGUGGGUGGAAAAUCACCACCAAGUUACUUGAAUCUUGAAGAUUGGCUUCAUUCCUCACCUCCUGCUGAUAUUUAUGUUUUGGGGUUUCAAGAGAUUGUGCCAUUGAAUGCUGGAAAUGUCCUCGGCACUGAAGAUAAUGGCCCUGCUAGAAAAUGGGUGUCGCUCAUUAGAAGAACACUGAACAACAUUCCCGGCUCAAGCUAUAAUGGUAGUUAUCACACACCUUCACCUGUUCCUGAUCCAAUUGUAGAGCUCGAUGCUGAUUUCGAAGGAGGCUCAACGAGGCAAAAGAACUCAUCUUUCUUCCAUCGGCGAUCAUUCCAAUCUUUGAGUAGGAGCAUGAGGUUUGAUGGAGAUAUGAUGAUUCCUCAACCGAAGCUAGAUCGUAGGUUUAGUGUAUGCGAUAGGGUCAUUUUUGGAAGCAGACCGAGUGAUUUUGAUCCUAACUUUAAAUUGGGUGGAUCUGAUGAUGAUGAGAAUAUUGAUGGAGAAUCUCCUUGUACCGCCUUUUAUUCUCCAAUGAAUUAUGGUUAUGGUGUUCCUCAAGUUCUGGAAGAGAGAGAAAGAUCAAGGGGGAACUCGAGGUAUUGCUUGGUUGCUAGCAAGCAAAUGGUUGGAAUUUUUCUCACGGUUUGGGUGUGUAGAGAGAUAAGAGACGAUGUAAAGAACAUGAAGGUUUCUUGUGUUGGGAGAGGGCUUAUGGGCUAUCUUGGGAACAAGGGUUCAAUUUCGAUUAGCAUGACCUUGCAUCAAACAAGCUUCUGUUUCGUCUGCACUCAUUUGACCUCGGGCCAGAAAGAAGGGGAUGAGUUGAGGAGAAAUUCUGAUGUCAUGGAAAUUUUGAGGAAAACAAGAUUCCCACGGGUCAAUAGGAUUGGUGUUGAGAAAUCACCUGAAACUAUUCUCGAUCAUGAUCGAAUUAUAUGGCUUGGGGAUUUGAAUUACCGAAUUGCUCUUUCAUAUCGAUCAGCAAAGGCUCUUGUGGAGAUGCACAAUUGGAGAGCCUUAUUGGAAAAAGAUCAGCUUCGGAUUGAACAAAGAAGUGGUAGAGUUUUCCAUGGUUGGAAUGAAGGAAGGAUAUAUUUUCCUCCAACAUACAAGUAUUCAAAUAACUCUGAUCGAUAUGCUGGUGAUGAUAUGAAUCUAAAAGAGAAACGAAGAACACCGGCUUGGUGUGAUCGAAUCUUAUGGUACGGGAGAGGACUCAGUCAAUUAUCUUAUGUUCGUGGAGAGUCACGAUUCUCCGAUCACAGACCAGUAUACAGUAUAUUUACAGCUGAAGUUGAAUUGAUCAAUCGUAGUAGAAUCAGAAGGAUGAGCUCAAGAGUUGAGGUUGAAGAACUCUUGCCAUAUUCGCAUGGAUACACUGAACUCAGUUUCUUUUGAGGGAGGAAAAGAGUUUGAUUUAGGUGAAUGUGCACAUUCUGGGAUCGGAGGAUUCUAUUCAUCAAGCUGAGAAAUUGAACCCAGUUGAUUUGUAUGGCACAUCUCUGCAAGUUCAAAUAUGAGCUCGGACAGACUAUUUUCUUAACAGGAAAGCGAGCACUGUAAUUUAUCUGCUAACCGAGAACCGAGCCUGAAACUAUUUGCUAUAUGAAAAGGAUUCUGUUUGAUUAACUGCUAACCAUACAACCCUUGAAGCCAAGGAAGAGCUCUAGACCAAGGACCAGUUGAUAAGCUUCAAGAAAUAAACUAUGAUUCCAUAUGAUUCUUUUGAGCAAGUUGUAGGGAUUCUUUUAUGUAUUUUAAAUCUUUUUUUGUAGGCUAAGGCUGUGUUAGGAUGAUUACAAACAAAUAAUGAUUUGUACAGUACUUUGUUCAGUUUUAUAAUUUGAAAAGAAAAUUAUAAAGAAUUGGUUGCAUA